AUGCAAUGGGGCAUCUGUACACGAUUUGACACCAGGACAGCUCAAAUUACGCAGGAAGAAGCUCCACCGCACAGCAAAGAGGGCCUUGGAGGCUAUACUGAUGAUGCAUCCGAAUAUCCCGCAUUGGAAUGCCCUAACAACAUUUCUCAAACACCGAAGUAA